AUGGCCUCCCUGAGGUCCUUGAAGUGCAACCUCCUGUUGCCACCCCCACAACCAUGCUCCCCAGACCCUGCAUGUGCUGAGGCAAAACAAUUGGUGAGACUACAAAGCAAGUCAAGGGAAAACAAAAAGCUAAAGGUUGAUUUUAAGCCACGUGUCCUCAAGAAGACUUCCUUGUCGAAUGGAUUCCAAGUUCGCAAUCUGGAUAUCCAGGAAGAAACAUUGGAUGGCCUCUCUUUCAAUCUGAACAAGUAUUUGAAGGAGAAGGGGAUUGAGGGUGACCAUGUCAGUAAGCCUGAUAUCGAAAGGCAUGACCCCUCUAAUAUUAACCAAAAUACUGAUUCAAUGAUCUAUGGCAAUAGUUUUGUGAAUAACUCAGGUGGAAGUCCAGGCAUGGGUAUCUCAAUUGGUAAUGAGGGUCCUCCAAUGCCAUUUCCUUUAAUGAUAUUGGUCUGGAAUGUAAGAGGUGCUGGGGACAAAUCCCUCCCCAGAAUACUUAAGAAUAUUAUCCAAUUAAAUCAUGUUGAGGUGUUGGCUGUUCUUGAACCAAGAAUAAGUGGUGAUAAAGCUAUGCGAGUUGUUAAUAGCCUAGGCUUUUGUAAUCAUCAUAUUGUGGAUGCAAAUUUGUUUUUGGGUGGCAUUUGGCUUUUAUGGAAUUGUAGCAAUAUUCAGCUCAAUAUUGUGGCGUGUUCUAAUCAGUCAAUUACUGCAAUGAUUAUACAAGGUACUUCUUCUUGGAUUCUUACUGUUGUGUACACUCACCCUUGUCAUGGAAUAAGAAGAUCCCUCUGGAACUGCUUAGAUGGAGUUUCUUCUACUAAUAAUCUUCCUUGGCUUGUUACUGGGGAUUUCAAUGAAAUUGUUGAUGACUCCGAAAAGAAGGGAGGCAAAGCUGCUCAUUGCAAUAGUGGGUUUGUUGACUGGAUUGGUCGUCAUCAUUUAGUGGAUCUUGGUUUUUUUGGAGCAGAGUUUACCUGGUGCAAAAAGAAUGUUCAUGGUGAAACUCUCCGGGAAAGGUUGGACAGAGGGCUUUGUAAUAUUACUUGGAGACAUAAAUUUCUUGAAGGCUUUGUUAGGCACCUCCCUAGAGUGAGGUCAGAUCACUGUCCUCUCUUGAUCUCUCUUAAUUCUGCUCAAUACCCACAUUCGGAGUUUAAAAUUUUUAGAUUCCAAGCUAUGUGGAUGUUGCAUCAAGGCUUCAAAGAUUUUGUUUCAGCCAUAUGGAAUAAUUCUAAUGGUAAUACUAUGUGCAAGACUAUCUCUCUCACCAAGGCCCUCACUGACUGGAACAAAGAGAUUUUUGGUAAUAUUUUUCAACAAAAGAAAAGACUCAUGGCUAGGUUGGAUGGCACUCAAAGAUAUUUGUGUAAGAGGACUGUUCCUUUUCUUGUGGAGUUAGAGAAAAAGUUGCUUGGUGAUCUGAAUGUGAUUCUGGAACAAGAACUUUUUUGGCUUCAAAAUUUUUGGAACAUUUGGCUCAAGGAAGGUGAUAAAAACACUAAAUUCUUUCAUCUUUCUACAAUCGUUAAAAGGAGAAGAAAUAAGAUUGAAGGGCUGAAUGACAGUGAUGGAAAUUGGACCACAGAGAAUUCUGAUAUGCAAGCUAUUGUAACUUCCCACUUCAAAGACCUUUUCUCUUCGAAGACUAGAAUUGGUGAGAUGGUUGAUCUCCCCCAGUUUUUCCCUGACUUGGAUUCUAUGGAUCUGAACAUUCUCAAUAGUGAAGUAACUGAUGUUGAUAUUAAGCUUAGCCUUUUUUUCUAUUGGAGGGAUUAA